CACGAAACCGUGACAAUCGAAAGAGAGAGAGCCGCCGCACGCCCUCCGCCACAGCCUCCUCCGUAACGCGACGAGCUCCUCCGCGCCGCAAAAGCCUCCGAGACGAGGGUCCUCCUCCGCCCGGCGACAGCAUCCAAGGAAUGCCGGAGAGAAAACCAGUUGUCGGGUUAUCAUGGCAGCCACAGUUUUCUAUUCCAUCAUCAUCAAAAGGCACUGAUGGGUCUCAUGCCAAACCUCAAACGGAACCAUCAAACAACGCUCUUUGGAAAUCCAGUUCAGAGCUGGUUGAUGGCCUUUUUGUCCCUCCGAACAAUCCCAAAAAAUUGAACAAGUUACUCAAAAAGCAAGCUAAAGAUACCGCUGGGAAUAAUUGGUUCAAUAUGCCGGCCCAAACCAUCACCCCUGAGCUACAAAAAGAUUUGAAAUUGUUGAAGUUGAGGUCUGCCCUUGAUCCAAAGCGUCAUUACAAGAAAGGGGAUUCCAAAUCAAAGACACUUCCCAAAUAUUUCCAGGUUGGUACAGUUGUAGAUUCUCCACUGGACUUCUUCUCAGGAAGAUUAACAAAGAAGGAAAGAAAAGCAACACUUGCAGAUGAGCUGCUUUCUGAUCAAAACCUUGCCGCCUAUAGGAAACGGAAGGUUCGAGAGAUUCAAGAACAAAAUCGACCAGGUGGGAAUGAAAAGUGGAAGAUUAAAGGUAGUAAUUCCCGGAAGCGGGCUAAGGAAAGGAGAAUUUACUGAAUUAUUCAUCCAUUUGAGCCUUAUGAUAGACAGAUUUUUGUAAUAGAAAAAUUUCUCAAAUUUCUCAAAUUAUACCUUCAUCACAAUGUGAAUUUCAAAACUUUA